CAGAUUUGCGAUAGAGACCAGGAAAGAACCAAAACAAACCCUAGAGAGGAGAGAGACAGAGAAACGGAGCGCCUUGCUGCUCCGCCAGCCUUUCACUUCAAUAUUCACAAGCUGUGUUACGGGGCCUGUUUAACUGGAAGACUAAAUAAAAUGAAAAGAUGAUGGCCGAAGCAGUGAGACCGAAGAAAUCAAAAACGAAGUCUUCUGGAAAGUCACAGGAAAAAAAGCAGAGGCAAACUGAUGGCGCAAGGAAAGCCGCUGGACCUGCGGUACCUUGCGUCCCUGCCCCUGAGCUCACAGAAUUCACAGAUAUUCCUCUCAGUCUUCCUCCUGAGCUGCCUGCUUCUGUCCAGGAACCUCUUACCCAGCCCUCAGGAGACCAAAAUGAAAAAGCUGAGAAGGACCAAAACAAAGACACAUGUAUUAGGACUGAAACAGCACAGAUGCCCCUGAGCCCUGGAGACGUAGAGCACAAACUGUUAUCACAAGACCGGUCCAUUGUAGUGGACCAACCUUCUCCCUCCUCUCAGCUGAGCCAAUGUGAUCAGAAAAUCCUCGGUGCUAAAACUGAGCCUUUAAGCAUCUCCUCUCUCUACCCCACUCUGCCCUCUCUCUCUGUAGAAGCCCGCCUCCUGGUUGACCCUUCCUCCAUCAGUUCGGGACUAGUGGAGGCUUCUCUUAUGCCUUUAGUAGUUGAAACAGCAAACAUGCCCAGUCAGGUAGGUCUAGCUCCGGCUGUUCUUCCUCUGGCUGACCAGGAGUCCUCACCCCCCAGCCUCAUUCCUGUGCAGUUAGCGGAGGCUGAGAGGCCACAGGAGAGGUUGUACCCUGAGCUUCCCCGACCAUGCCAGAUGGUCCAGCCCUUCACCAGUGAGCAGCUGAGAAUGUGGGAGCCGGGUUCUUGGCUGGAGAAUGUUGAGCUCCAUGCUUCUGAGUUCCAGGCCCUUGCCCACCAGGAGGGCCACGAGCUGCACGAGCUGCUGCUGAACUACUGGAGGUGCCGAAAGCAGCUUAGCCAGGCACAGGCCGAGCUACAGGCAGCCAACUCCGAUUGCAAGAGCACGCAGAAUCGCCUGUGGAGCUUCAGGGAUGAACAGCUCACGCUGCAGGGUGUGUGUGCAGACCAGGUCAAAGUGUGUGGCUACCACCGCUUUCAACAGGUGGUCCUGAACGAGGCAGUAGUAGCUGAACUGAGACAUCUGUUUGAGGCUAAAGCCGAGCUGCUCCAUCAGACUGUAGCCCUGCACUCCUACACCUCUGUACUCUCUCGCCUGCAAGUGGAGUCUUAUCUCUACCGCCUGCUCAGCACAAACCCCAUCACCAGGAGUGUGGCCAUACAGGAUGCAGGCCCAGGUGCUCCCAAAUCCCAGCCUUCUACUCUGCAGCUGCUGAAGGAAAGCAUCAGUGUGCUGUUCAGCUUCACCCGUCGAAUUCUAGAUGAUUCUCAGUUCCAAAAUGAUAUUCAUCUGUGGCUGCAGAAACUGAUAUCAGUACUGCAUCAUGUAGGCUCAGCUGGAGACCACCUGUACAUCCUCAACCACCUGCUGUGCUGUCCUGCAGGAGUCGGGAAAUGGGCCGUGCCCUUUCUACAGAUUAAAGUGCUGGACAACCCAUCUGGAGUUUACCAUUUCAUGCAGGCAUUAGCUGUUCUCAUGUCCCCAGUGAGGGACCGAGCUGACUUUCUUUGCCACAUGAAGCCCAGCGAUGUGAAAAGUAAGAACAGCUAUUCAGGACCUGCAUCUGCCAACUGGACCCUUGUAGAUGAGGGUGGAGAAGAGGAUGAAGAUCCAGAGACGAGCUGGCUGCUGCUAUCAGAAGAUGACCUCAUUGCUCUGCUCUCUCAGUUUCCCUUUGAUGAACUCUUCAAACACUUACUUGGGAUGUCCUCAAAUGGCAACUACCAGCCUCAAGCAACCACUAGUCAGAAGAUGAUGAAGAUAUUUGCUUUUGCCUCUUCGCUGGUGGAGCUACUGGCUGUUGGCCUGCAAACCUACAACAGAGCACGCUACCGGCAGUUUGUGAAGAGGAUUGGCCACAUGAUCAGGAUGACACUGUGCUAUGUGAGUGACCACUGGGCACAGUACCUCAGUUUGACUGGAGUCAGCAGGACCACCAUGCAGGAGCAGUCCUUUUCUAUGGAGAAAUUGCAGGUUGAGUUUGACCAUCUCUUCCUCCGUGCUGUUUUACACGUCCUGAGGGCCAAGAGGUUGGGCAUCUGGCUCUUCAUGUCAGAGAUGCCUUAUGGAACUCUGUCCAGUGCAAUGCUCUGGAAGAUAUUCUACAUUAUGCAAUGUGCUGAGACAGAGGGUCUGGACAGGCUGGGCUGCAGUCUGAGUGUGGAGAGCUGUGUCCAGGGCCUCAAAGAACCAAGUCACCAAGAAAGGUUUAAGGACUGGCUCUCAGAGAUAAAUAGUUCAGAUGGAAUUUGCCUGCUGACAACUUUUGCUCACAUGGCUCAGCCCAAACGUACAGAUGCAGACCCGGAGUUUGUCAGGACCAUUGUGCUGGAGAUUUAUGAGGUGUCAUAUGUCUGUGUGACCACACGCGAGAUCUUCUCCAAAGUGGGCAGAGAGUUAUUGGCUGCCAUAGCAACGGCCCACCCGCACAUCAUCUCAGUGCUGCUGGAGAGGUUGAGGGAGACCAUUGACAAAGUUGGCAUGGUGUCAUUGUACCUCUUUAAAGAGCUGCCUCUGCACUUUUGGAGCCCCAGCCCAGCUGAAGUGGUAGUCAUUCGCAGUUGGCUACUGGAUUACGGCUUGUCUGCAGUAGAGAACAAGCUGGCCUGCAUUAUUCUGGAGGGCCUCAACUGGGGAUUCCAAACAAAUGGUUGCCUUGCCCUGCCAGCUGCAUUGCAUAGUGAAGUGGCACUGUUGGUGGUGGAAGCGUAUCAGAAGUACCUCACAGAUAAGCCCUACGCUGGCAUCAUCUCAGAGGGCAUCAAACAGGUAUCUUAUCUGGCCAACAUCAUGCGGCUAGGCCAGACUCCAGAGACGUCCUUUAACCAGUGGGCCUGGGACCUGGCGCUGCGUCUGAAGCUCCACACCAAUGAGAGGAAUCCUCAGGACCCUUGGUGCCCACUGCCUUCCUCUGGCCCUUCUGUGCCUGAGAUCACAGACACGCCUACCAUGCAUCCAGUGCUUAAAGCUGUCAAAGCUAGCAUCCCCAUCGGCUGUCUCCUGGCCCUUGACAUGACCAGUAUUGGACACAGUUUGGAGAGGUUCUGCAGUGAUGGCAUUGCUCUGCUGAAGAUCUUGGUACAGUCUCGCCACCUCAAAGCUGUGGUCCACGUGCUGGAGAACAUUCUGCCGCUGGCCUACCAUUGCCAGUUCUACCUGCUCAAGAAUGAACAGUUCCUGAAUUGUAUCCAGCUGUUUUUGCAGUUAGACAGUGGGACUCCGCAGGGUGUUACCCAACAGGUCACACACAAGGUGACCCAACAUCUUGUAGGCACCUCCAGCUGUGAGAACAUCAAACUCCUCAACAGUGUGAUCCAGGCCCACAUCCUGGAGAGCGCCCGGGUCGGCCGUGUUGGAGCAGUAGCUGUUCUAGAGUUUUGGCUGCAUGUUUUGACUGAGCAAAGCCUCUGGCACCGAGACAGAACCGUUCUGUACCUCCUGGACCAUCUGUGCCGUGCUGCCUUUCUCCACCAGCAGGAGGAAUGUCUCCAUAAAGUCCUCUACCAACAGCAUAAGAAUGCACUAGGUUACCAUGGGGACAAAGGCCUGUUGUCAUCUUUUAUGGGCUGGAUUAUGGCAGGAAACAUCACUCCUUCCUUCAUAGAGGGCAAUGCUCUGACUAGUGAGGUGUGGUUUGCUUGGCUUGUUUUAAACAUGGAGUCCAUCUUUGAGGAGGAUUCUCAGUUGCGGCGAUGUGUAGAGCACGAGCUCCUCUCCAACCCUUCCAUCACCCCAGACCAGGCUCUAAAAAAGGCACAGGUACGCCUAAAGCUGCACGUGGUACCCUCCCUACAGCGGCUGAUGGUCUAUCGGUGGGCUCAGCAGGCCCUGGCCACACCAGCAGAUCACCCGCUGCUGCCCCUCAUCUGGCAGAAAUUUCUGGAGCUCUACCUCCACCAGCCUGGGCCUGAGUUUGGACUGGAAGCUAAAGGUUGCAUUGGUAAGCGCUACUUCCAUAGUGCAACACACAUCACCCUGCUGAAGGAUCUUAGGCAGCGGCUGGUGGAGGUGUGUGACUUCCAUCAUGCAGCCAGUAUGGCCCUGAAAGUGCCAAGCCCAUCCAGUGACACAGCUAGUGAAGGAGAGGCUACCCCUGCAACCCCUAUAACUCAGUACAUGACCUCUCCUGAGCUGCAUGUCGAAGUGGUUAGACUUUUUAGUGCCUUUGCAAUAUGGAUGGAUGACGAGAACCUACAGAAACAGGAAGUGUACUUGCCCUCAUUGCCAAAGCCGUAUGAUGCUCAUCGUCUGGCCAAAAUUAUGCAGGGCCAACAGGAGCUGUGGAUGGAGUAUGUGGACAUUGAGCGAAUUCAGCAUGAGCUGAAUGAAGUUCUUAAUCUGUGGAUAAAGGUCAAAAGUGAGCCUUCAUUCUCCCAGAGCAGCAGCAACUCCAUCUUUACUGAUUUCAUCAAUCCUCAGGCUGCAAGAGAGCGCAUCCUCACCAACCUGAAGAAACACGAUGCUCCCCAAGGGGCACUGUUACUGGUACCUAUGAAGGCCCCAGUGCCUGAUAUUCCCACAGGAUGCCUGUCUGAUGAGCAGACAUAUACAGCUCUCAUCCAGGAGGAUCUCACUAAGCUGCAGCACCAAGCCAAAUUGGCUGCAGUCCGAGAGACGCAGCAGGUGGCGCUGGACAAUGAGCUGCUGGAGGUUUUGCCUCAGCUCUACGCCAACCGUGAAGAGCAGCUCUCCAUGCAACUGGAGUGCAAAGGCAAGGGAGGCCAGCCUUGCCAGGGCCCUGCACAUAUAACCGUCAAGUAUGCAGGCAUGCACAAACUAGAGCCAGUCCAGAAUCAGAUCCAGUCCCUUAAGAAUGAUAUCAAGCAGCUACAGGCUGAUGCAGUUAAACCUCCUCCUCAGAGCCUAGCUGAGGCUGCUGUGCAUACCGAGAAUUUUAUCACGACCCUAGUUAAUGCCUAUAAGUUACACCCAACACCGGCUGUCCAGAAGGUGGGCAUUGUGGCGUUUUAUCAUAUUGUGUCUUUCGUUUGUGAGGACACCCAGAGACACCCGCCCACUCGCCAGUUCUUCACCUCCUGUGUGGAGAUUCUGGGACAGGUCUUUAUACGGGACACUCCGACAGAGUGCAGGCGAGUGCUGAAGACCAUCCUGCUGAACCGGCGCCUGUGUAACCUUCUGUCUCCCUACUUUACUCCCAACGCCUCUCCUUCUGAACUUGUCUCUCUGUAUGAGGAGGUGGUGACGGCACUACACGCUGACAGUGGUGAUGUCAUCUUCAUGCUCCUCACCAAAUUCGACCUAACACAUUGGCUGUCUGCUGCUCAGCCUCGAUUUCCUGAACGGAGCCGUCUGAUGGAGCUCAUUCACCUGGCACUCACAGCCUGUGGCCUGGAGCCUGAGCCCGAGGUCCUCAUGCCCUUUAACCUCUUCUGCAAGCACUGGACCCAGCUACUGGUCUAUCAGUUUCCUGACCACUACAGUGACUUCCUCCGGCUCCUCACGAAGAGCUCCUCAGAGCAGCUUCUCAGCGCAGAUUGCUGGAGGGCUUCCCUGCGAGUGCUUGGCUGCUGCCCUCAUUCUAAAAAGAAAACAUCCAGACCUUCCUCCACACACUCCAUCUUCCUCUCCCCUCAACAGGUUGAAGAAACAAUAGAGUGGCUGUCAAACUACUUUCUAAAGCUCCGUCUGUCCAAAGGAGACUUUCGCAGUUUUGGCCUCCUCUCUAAAUGGAUGCCAUACAUUGAGGAAGUCAAGACGUUCUUCGAGUUUCUGAUCAGUUACCUCAUUGAUCUGGAGCUGAACACCUGCAGUAAGGAGCCACUGGGGAGUGCAAGAUUGAUUAAAGUUCUUCAAGACCUCCAUUCAAAAAUGGCUAAACUCUUCAAGCCCUGGAUUUUAGUUCUGGACACAGACGAUGCAAGCAACCCUCGUUGUUCUCCAUGGCUUGAAUCUGAUACCACAGUAGCAGUCAGUCUGGUUACUCUGUAUACGCAGUUGACUGAGACCUUGCAUGACAAAUUCAAAGAUCACUUGUUGCCAGGACAAAGAGGUGCCCUGUGGCUCCAUCUCAUGCACUACUGUGAGACUUGUACCUCCCCUAAGAUGCCUGAGUACCUGCUCUACACCUAUCAUGCUGAAUACAAUCGCCUGCAGUGGAAGGACCUCCAUCCAGACCAGGCUCUCAUGAACCAGUUCUUUAAUGUGGAAAGAGGAAGUCCGAAGAGCUGUUUCCUUUUCAUGGGUGAAGUGCUUUGUGAAGUCAACUGGGUCAGCUCAUUAAGUGAUGCCCUGAACCCUGAGACCAGCGCGAGUGCCCAAACAAUGGUGGUCUACCUCCUUUACCUGAUGGUCUUCCUAGCUAAAGAGGACCAUCUACUCAGCAAGCCUGAAUCCUCCCUUUUGAGUCUGCUUGGCCAGUCAACCUCUCUACCCUGGCACUUAGUCGACUUCUCUUCCUACCAAAAUGUCACAGUCUAUGUGAACACACACUACCCAGCUUCUCUUGUUCUCAACCGAGACACAUCUUCACAGCUAGUCAUCAAACUCCUCAAAAUGGCUGCUGGCUUUGGAUCAACCCUAGAUGGAUUACAUCACAAGGACAUGACUUUAAAGUGCCAGGCCUUCCUCCAUCUGAUGGUACAGUUUCUCACAUCACUGGAUCAAAAUGGCAACAUCAGCUUGGCCUCCCUAGAGACAGAGAUGGAGAGACUUUUGGAGUGCAUUGUCAUUUUCAACCCCCCUGAAACAGACCUGCAGCAAAGACACAUGGCCACUUGCAGUCUGUUCGCUGAAAUGCUAACUCUGCUCAAUGGAGCAAGCCUAUCCACAGCAGAGGGGCUUGGAGCCAAGCUUCGUUCCUGGGUGGAGAAAAGGGCCCGGGGCCCACUAGUGUUGCCACUGCUCACGGCUGCCUGUACAUGCCUGGCCUCUGUGCGCCAUAUGACCCGCACCACUGAGGCCUGCAUAUUGUCUUACUUCACUGAUGGUGGCUGUGUGGAUCAGUACUCUGGCUGGGGGCCCAUCCUAGUCUCUCUCCAGGUUCCUGAGCUGACAGUGGAGGACUUCAUCCAGGAGAGCCUGGCACUGGGCAGUUACCUAACACUCUAUGUAUACGUCCUUCAGAAACUCAACAUGGAGCAGACCCUGCUCAAUGAGAAGAGAACUCUCGUCCUGCUCAACUCCUGGAUCAACCAAGUUUUUCCUAGUGGUCCAGCAGACGAGGCCAAGCUGUUCCUGUGGUGGCACAAAGCCUUUCACCUGCUGCAGGUUCAAGUGGAUCAGGGGGACCCAUGUGGGCUGGACACACUGGUGCUCUCUUUGAUGUCCUUCCAGACAAGCCUUGUCCAGCUGGGAGAGGAGAGGCUCAACUCUGGCAUUCUGGGAGCCAUUGGCCUGGGAAAGAAGUCCCCGCUCUCUAAUAGGUUUCGAGUUGUUGCUCGUAGCAUGUCAGCAUUCCUUCUGGUGCAGGUGCCGUCAGAAAGCCAGUUACGCAUUCACCCAGGAACAGAGCUGCAGCUGUCUGUGAAAGCCCAACAGGCUUUAGCAAUGCUGGAAGCCAUGGCGGGCAAUAAGCAGUACUCUGAGCUGCAGCAGUCUUUGAGCCAAGCCUGUCAGUUCAUUAAGUACCCUGGACACUGCCUCCGCGACAGCAACCGCCUUUUAUCCCUGCUCAUCAAUUCACUCUAUGCUGAUCUCCACUAUCUGGACAUUAUUCGCUAGCGAGGUCUGAAUCACAGACUGGUCACCAAGGCAGAAAGAUGAACCUGCACAUUUCUCCGUGACAGCUGAAGACCCUGAGAAUGAGCACGGCAAGGUGAAAGAGAAGAUUCUGUGGUCUGAAAAGCAAAUCCAUGGGUCAGUUGUGCUGUGAUUGGGUUCUUGUGUGGAACCUUUGUCAAGAAAUCUUGAAUAAUUAAUAGAAGCAAUGGCAAAGAGAACAUCUUAAAAUCUUUAAAGCUGCAGUGCACUUCAAGCCAAGUAUCAAGGUAACUAGUGUCUACGUGCCAUUUUUCUGUCUUCUUUUCUUCAUCCUUUUCUUCUUUCCUCUCCAUACACACAAUAACAUUUAGAAUUGUCUCAUUUUCAGUGUUUUGAUCCAAAUAAAUGGCAAACAAACAUUGGUUACCACAUACCACAUACAUUGUGAACCACAUACACAAAGGCAACAGCAGUCAAAAUGUUAAACGAGUCAAAUUCUAAUGAUAGUUGUUAUAUACAAUCAUAUGCAAAAGCUUGAACCCUCAAAAAUUACUUUGCAUAUUUAAGUGCACAAUUUCUAUUUAUUAGCUGGGUUUAACAUAUCCAAAAAAAUAAUUAAAUAUUCCGUAAUUUUUUUUUUCCAGUACAUAAAAUUCAGAAUAUAAACAGUAAUUGUGCGUUAAAUGUGCAGACGCGUGCUCUCUGUAGGAGGAUGUUUAUUUAUUUUCACAAAUCAGCAAAAGACAUCAUUUGACCAGGAUCACUUAAAAUGCGCAUACAACUGUAUAUAUUCAGUUGUUAAUAUCAAUGUAGUAUUUUAAAGAUUUUAUGGGCUGUUUUAGCGGCAUUUUUGAAGUUUUAAGUAGUGCCAUAUAAUAACGGAACGCUGACAGAUCCUGUAUGCAAUUGCAUUUUAUAGAUUAACACUGUCACAUGCUCAUUUUUUUUGCUCCAUUUUGACCAAUGUUUCAGGAUCAUCAUGAACCUGGCCUUCAUGUGUCUUUGGAGUCUGACAUAUGAGAAACAGAAAGAGUGAGAGAGAAAGCACACUGCUUUAAAUUUCUCUGGCAGUGUCAGAUGCACUGUGUAAUGUUCAGAUAGUUGGAGCAUGCUGCGGUAUCAUAUGAGGAGAACUAAACUGGCCUAAAGUCCUCCACCCCCCCUCUCCCAGACACUUAUUUCCCCUGAUUUCCAUGCUGUUAUUUAAGCAUGCACUUUCAAGGUGGUCGGACUGGGGAAUCAAUUACAUACUUAUUUAAUGCACACUGAAGUCAGAAGUUCAUGCAGCAGAUAUAUUAUGAAUGGAUGCUUUUAGGAUUUUCAGAAGGGUGUUCCAAAAUGCUCCACAAGGCUACUGUUUGUUCAAGUUUUUUUGUAUCAAUAAAUUUGACAGGCUUUAUUGAAACAUGCUUUGUUGCUGGGGAACUGGAAAACUGGGCUGUAUAUUUUAUUAUAUUUACACUGAUGCACUUUUUUGUUAAUCCGUUAUCCGCUUGACAGUAUGAUAUAUUCAGAAAGGCUCAGAAAAGAAGCUGUAGUUUCAGUUUCAGUGCAGAGAUGAUGAACUUGAUGCUGAAGUCUUUUAAAACAUUGUUUAAAUGAAGCACAAACUCCCCACUUUUCUAAUGUCAUCUCACAAAACCGUGGACACUUAAAUGUUGUUGGAAAAUGUGCAAAAAGUAAGAUGAAGCUUUAUAGUUUUCUUCUUGCCUUAAAACAUGCUUGCAGUGUUGCAAUAUGUGGCUUUUUUUGUAUUGUGCCAUGAUUCUGGGCUCUGUUCCCUACACUAACAAGGUGUCAUAUCAGCUAUUUGUACAUUGCUAAUGUGAAUGCGAAUAGCCUUGGACCAUGUAUACCAAUGCCUACAAUACAAAACUGAAAAGAA